UGGAGUCCGGAGACACCUCCCGCGGCCACCGGGUGGCAGAGUGGGGGCAGGCGUCCCCACCGACCCAGAGGGGUGGCCCCGCCUCGGGGCCGCGCGGAGGCCCCACCGUGGGGGGCGGAGUUGUCGCCACCCCCCCUUCCAAUCCCGGGUGCUGCCCCUUCUUAAGCCCGCGGAGCCUCUAGCUGCCCCUCACUCGACUCUCCCUCCCGCACGAUGGCCUCGGCGCUGAGCUAUGUCUCCAAGUUCAAGUCCUUCGUGAUCUUGUUCGUCACCCCGCUCUUGCUGCUGCCACUCAUCAUUCUGAUGCCCGCCAAGUUUGUCAGGUGUGCCUACGUCAUCAUCCUCAUGGCCAUUUACUGGUGCACAGAAGUCAUCCCUCUGGCUGUCACCUCCCUCAUGCCUGUCUUGCUUUUCCCACUCUUCCAGAUCCUGGACUCCAAGGAGGUAUGUGUCCAGUACAUGAAGGACACCAAUAUGCUGUUCCUGGGUGGCCUCAUGGUGGCUGUGGCUGUGGAGCAUUGGAAUCUGCACAAGAGGAUCGCCCUGCGGACGCUCCUCUGGGUGGGGGCCAAGCCUGCACAGCUGAUGUUGGCCUUUAUGGGCGUCACGGCCUUCCUGUCCAUGUGGAUCAGCAACACGGCCACCACAGCCAUGAUGGUGCCCAUCGUGGAGGCCAUGCUGCAGCAGAUGGAAGCCACCAGCACAGCCACUGAGGCCAGCCUGGGGGCACUUGAGCUGGCGGACAAAGACAAGGCCAGCGAGUUGCCAGGGAACCAAGUGAUUUUUGAAGGCCCCGUCCUGGGGCAGCAGGAAGACCAUGACAGGAAGAGGAUGUGCAAGGCCAUGAACCUGUGUGUGUGCUAUGCCGCUAGCAUCGGGGGCACCGCCACCUUGACUGGAACGGGACCCAAUGUGGUACUCUUGGGCCAGAUGAACGAAUUGUUUCCCGACAGUAAAGACCUCGUGAACUUCGCCUCUUGGUUUGGAUUCGCCUUCCCCAACAUGCUGAUAAUGCUGCUGCUCACUUGGCUGUGGCUUCAAUGUAUUUACCUGAGAUUCAAUUUUAAAAAAGUCUGGGGCUGCUGGCUGGAGAGGGGGAAUGAGAAGGCUGCCUACAAGAUGCUGCAGGAGGAGUACAGGAAGCUGGGGCCCUUCUCCUUUGCGGAGGUCAACGUCCUGAUCUGCUUUGUCCUGUUGGUCGUCCUGUGGUUCUCUCGCGACCCUGGCUUCAUGCCUGGCUGGCUGUCUGUCGCCUGGAUAGAGGGUGAGACAAAGUAUGCCACCGACGCCACUGUGGCCAUCUUUGUGGCCACUUUGCUAUUCAUUCUGCCUUCACAGAAGCCCAAGUUCAACUUCUGCAGCCAGACCGAGGAAGAAAGGAAAACUCCAUUUUAUCCCCCUGCACUGCUGAAUUGGAAGGUGACCCAGGAGAAAGUGCCCUGGGGCAUUGUGCUGCUAUUAGGGGGUGGAUUUGCUGUGGCUAAAGGAUGUGAGGCCUCGGGGCUGUCCGAGUGGAUGGGGAAGCAGAUGGAGCCCUUGCACUCAGUGUCUCCCACAGUCAUCACCCUCAUCUCAUCCUUGCUUGUUGCCGUGUUCACUGAGUGCACAAGCAACGUGGCCACCACCACCCUGUUCCUGCCCAUCUUUGCCUCCAUGUCUCGUUCCAUUGGCCUCAACCCGCUGUAUGUCAUGCUGCCCUGUACCCUGAGUGCAUCCUUUGCCUUCAUGUUGCCUGUGGCCACCCCACCAAAUGCCAUCGUGUUCGCCUAUGGACACCUCAAGGUUCCUGACAUGGUGAAAACAGGAUUCAUGAUGAACAUAAUUGGAGUCUUCUGUGUGUUUCUGGCAGUCAACACCUGGGGACGGAUCAUAUUUGACUUGGAUCAUUUCCCUGACUGGGCUAACGUGACACACACUGAGACUUAGGAAGAGCCACAAGACCACGCACACGGCCCCGCCCUCCUGAGGACUACCGAACCUUCUGGCACACCUUGCACAGAGUUUUGGGGCUCACACCCCAAAGUGACCCAAUGAUGCCUACACCUCACCAAGACCCAGCCAGCAGGCCACCUCUUCCUCGAGGCCCAGAUGCAGAGAUGGGGACGGGCGGCUGGAGGGCAGGCUUGGGAAGUAAAGGAGCCUACAAGAGGCUGCUGGUGCCUGUCUUUCUCCAAGCCCUUCCGUCUUUUCUGGGACGGCGGGCAGCAGAGGGGCAGGGAUGCAGGCCCAUGUACCCACUCAGCCUCGAGCAGCCAUCAUUUUGGCCCACACUGGGCUCUGGUUUUCACUUGCUUAGUUCCAAGUAGUUUAAAUGGGAAGCAGAGCCCCAGGUUGGAAGCUAAGAGAACAAGCGACAACUGCCUGUGCCUCUUCUGGCUCACCUUGAGCCGCCUAAGAUCAUAUCUGUCACUCUGAGGGGGACACCCCAGCCAGGGGCAGAAUGCCUGGUCUUGGGCAGCUCCUACCACUGAUUGUGGGAAUCAGAGCCUCCUGCAGACUCUCAGAACUCUUCAUGCGGCCACCACCAAAAGAUGAGGGACUUUGGCUUGCUAACUUCCAGAGAGCACCAGGUUUCCCUCCCAAAGCACAUCACUGGCUGGCCUGCUCCCUUCCUCCCCUCGUUCCAUUUUAAUUGACCAUUUGGACUCCUGUCCCAGCUCUCCAGGGAGCUUCCUGCAACUCCUAGGUUCCCUGUCUCCUGGACCAACGUUGGCUGAGAGGCCCUGGCUGGGAUCCUCCAUAUCCCCCUUUUGUCCUGGGCAGGUCAGUGUGGCUCUUCCAUGAGAUGCUGUCCCUGCCCUCCCGCAUGGCUAGGUCACACUCCGAGUAAGGGCAGUGAUGGUGCUUUGGGGGCCACAGUGGGGUUUCUAGGUCCUCCCUUACCUGCAGGCUCAGGGUAGACAGCUGCUGAUGUCCCAGGGCUGAGUCACUUCAGAGUCUGUCAGGCCAGAGGACUGAAAAGACUCCUUUUGUGACCGGCCUUCACAGCUCGGCCUAGAGGCAACAGACACUACUGAGGAUGAGCAGUGCUGGGUGAUCCCUGAGCAGACAGCCCCUGUCGGUGAGCAGCCACCCGAGCUUCCUGCAGCAAAGCCCCAGAGUUGGGCAACGACUCCAGAGCAGUUGUGGGAACCCCCCGAAGCCCAUGUGAGAGAGACAUGAGAAACAACCAGCCUCUCUCCCCCGACCCCCUUCUCCUUCCUUCUGGGGCUGCUCUGGAAGAGAGGCAGUGGCAGACAGGUGAGGCCCUUGGGUGGCAUUUUUCAGGGCAGGAAGAAGUAUGGGAACCUAAGGAAACUCCACUGAGGACCAAGUGUCCAUCUGGUUCCUUGGACAGAAUAAUUCCUGACCACACCGUGGAGGUCUUGCUGUCAUUAAAUGCUCUGUCUUCCAUGGAAAGUUCCGCUGUGCCGACUCAUCUCUGGUUUUCUCCCAUGUGUGGGGUGUUUUGUGGGUAGGUAAAUGAAUAAUUACCCUUCUCCUCGGUGCCAGGCCUUCCUGCACCUGGUGAAUCCACUGGUUAUCUCAUUCGAUCUUUGCAACAACCCUGUAAGACAGCAGACGUUAUUAUCCUUGUUGGUCUUCCAAGAAGACUGAAGCUCGGAGAGGCCGAGUAAAGUGUCCUAAGUCACACAGUCAGUCCCAACCUAGAUCUUCUGACUCCUGCCCACUGCUCCUUUGUCUAGACCAAUGGUUCUCAACCUUCCUAAUGCCGCGAGCCUUUAAUACAGUUCCUAUGGGUCGCCGCCCACAGGUUGAGAACUACUGGUCUGGACAUUAAGAGCCUUGGCUUUAUAGGGCUUGUAGGGAAAGGUGAAUGGCUGAGAGCAAGUCCACAAUAAGACCUGCUUGCUCAGGGAAGGUCACCAAACCUGGGUCCUUUUCUGUUGCCUCCUCUGAGAUGGGGUCAGGGCCAAGCUGAAUCGAACCGGGUGGGCCCUUCCCUAAGAAGCAAAGUGUUUUGAUGGGGAUGGCAGUAAGGAGAAACUGAAGGCUCCCUUCUUGCACACCUCUCCAUCACUGCCUUCCACACCAGAAUGAGGGCUCGGACUGCUGGCACUGUGGCUGAUCCAAGGCAGGCCACAAUAAGCGUGACUGGUAAAUUAAUGAUCGAUCAGUGUGGUCAAUUAGGGGCAUGCUUAGUGGUAGUGAGCAAGGUCAGCAAAGGUCAUCUGAGGUGGGCACUGAAGGAUGACUGGGAUGGCCAAGUGUGAUGGGCAAGGCAUUGGUGGGCAAGGCUUUGGUGGGGCGGGUGGAGGACUCUACCAGACAUUAUCUGGUUUAGGGCUGUCAAAAAACUGGGUGCGGGAGGGCAGAACUCCCAGCUGAGGAGGUGACCAAAAGCUGUUUCUGAACAUCUCCUAGCUUAGCUGGGGCUGCACUAACAUUUAUGGCCUGGGCCGAUUAGGAAUGCUUUUGAGUGCAAAUAAGAGACAACUCAGUGAACAGUGGCUUAAACUUUAAGGUCAUUUAAUGUUUACUUAACAGGAAGCCUGGAGGCAGGUGUUGUUGGCCUUGGUUCAGCAGCUCAUUUUGGCCACCAAGGACUUGAGCUCCAUAGUUCUGCCUGUCAUCUGCAGGGUAUCACUCUCAGGCUAUCUACAGUCUUGAAGAAAGGGCUAUUGAGGUGGGGCCAUGAUGGUGCCGAACUGCAUUUUUCCCUUUUAUUAGGAAAAUAAAAGCUUCCUCAGAUGUGCCAUACAGACUUCCCUUAAUGUCUUAUUGGUCAGAACUGAGUCACACGCCCAUCCUUAGACCAAUCAUUGGCAAAGGGGAAGAAUAUGUGUACCAUGAGACCAAUUAAGACUCAUCUCUUAGGGUUGGGGAACCAGCCAAUGUUUUUUGGAAUUAGGAGAUUUCCACCCAGUAAAAAAUGUGAGUUCUGGCAGGAAAAAGGCAGGGGAGCUGUUGGGUAGAUGAUGACAAGUAUGUGGUAUAGUCACUCCAGGUGACUUGAGUGGCUCCCUUUCCACGGAAUUCAGUAGAAGCAUGUUGCUAGAUAAGAAGAGAGUACAUGGUUAUUUGGUCAGGAGCUUCAGCAAAGCCUCCACUUCCUAAAGGAUAGGCCUCGUCUACAGGGCCCAGUGGAUUGGGAGGCUGGAGCCUGAGCCAGGGAUCAGUCUCAGUCCUGACAUCUAACACCGAACAGGUCAUUCUACCCCCUGCACCUCAGUUCCCAUCAGGAAAGGGCUAGACUCGAGGUUCUCUAAGGGCCUCUCCCAGGGUCAUGGGUUCUCUCACCCCAGCUGACCCUCCCUCUGCUCGGGCCAGAUGCAGCCCCCACCACCUCCCCCAGCCGUCUCAGCUUGCAGUCUAUCCCAUGGGUCCACUCCCUGCUCCCACUGGGGACUAGCCACUUCCUGAAGGCCGUCCCACUCAUAUUUUGCCUCUUGCAUUUUAUAAAGGCUUUUUACCCCAGACCUUUGAGUACUCUUUUCUUAGUGCCUAGACUAAUUCUUGAGGCCCAAGGUUAGCUGAAUACACAAGUCUGCACUUUUGACUCUUUUGCCAGGGACUUAUGACUCCACAAAGAUUCUCUGCAUUCCAAAGGUCAAGCCCCAGGAUCCCUACCCCGUGGUCCCUGAAUUAGGAGGCAUAUGUCUCCUUCUCCCCAGUGAACAGCUUCCAUCCUUCUUCCCCAUCUGGCAGGGACACUGACUGUGGCACCUACCUGGGACAGGGGAAGUCUUCUCUCCUCCUCGUCAUCUCUUGCACACUAACAAAAAUAAUGGAUAAUGAGAUUUUUGCUCUGGACUCCAAGCAGGAUAUCAAUUCACCAGCACAGAGUCCAAUACUUGAAAUGAAUAAGGAUAUUCCUGGGUAAGACCCUUGAUGGCAUAUUCUUUUUCUUUUUGCAGACAGUUUCACUUUGUCACCCUUGGUAGAGUGCCGUGGCAUCUCAACCUCAAACUCAACUCUUGGGCUUAAGCGAUUCUCUUGCUUUAGCCUCCCAAGUAGCUGGGACUACAGGUACCCGCCAUAAUGCCCAGCUAUUUUUAGAGACGAUGUCUCGCUCUGGCUCAGGCUGGUCUUGAACCUGGGAGCUCAGACAAUCCACCUCCUCAGUUUCCCAAGUGAAUGGCAUAUUCCUUUUUUUGAGACAGUCUCACUAUGUCGUCCUAGGUAGAAUACAAUGGUGUCACAGGCUCAUAGCAACCUCAAACUCUUGGGCUUAAGUGAUUCUCUUGCCUAAGCCUUCCAAGUAGCUGGGACUAUAGGUGCCCGCCACAAUACCUGGCUCUUUUUUGUUGCAGUUGUCAUUGUUGUUUAGCAGGCCUGGGCCAGGUUCGAACCUUCCAGCCUCAGUGUAUGUGGUCAGGGCCCUAACCACUGAGCUAUGGGCACCACGCCUGAACAGCAUAUUCUUGUUUGUGGAAAAAAAGACCAAAUCUGAACUGUCAGAUUACAAACUAUACCUGACUACUCUAUUCUUAGCCCAGUUACUCUCUCUCCCUAGUCCCACAAUCUCUGAAAAGCCUUGGGUUCCAACCUACCCAGGAAGUUUUAUUGUUUUUUGAGAGACAGAGUCUCACUCUGCCACCCUGGGUAGAGUGCCGCAAAGUCAACUUAGCUCACAGCAACCUCAGUUUCUUUCAAAAGAUCUUCUUGCCUCAGCCUCCCGAGCAACUGGGACUACAGGCAUCUGCCACGAUGCCCAGCUAGUUCUUCUAUUUUUAGUAGAGACAGAGUCUUGCUCUUGCUCAGGCUGGCCUCGAACUCUUGAGCUCAAGCAAUCCACCUGCCUCAGCCUUCCAGAGUGCUAGGAUUAUCGUUGUGAGCCACCAUGCCUGGCUAACCAGGAAAAUUUUAAAAAACCUCUUCACACUUAAAAAAACAACAACAAAAACACAGUUUCAAGGUAAAUCUUUCACUUCAUGGGAUGGGCUUUUAUAUCCUAUAACUAGAAGUUUUUGUCAUUUCAGGCUGAAUCUUUGUAAUCAGAUAAUCAGUUUAUUUCACUUGGUGUCCUGCACCAGGAUGUGGUUACGUGCACUUUCUUUCUCCGGGAACGUCUUCCAGGAGCUUCCCUGAUCUGCUUGUCCAAACACCCCCCUCUGGCAGAGCCAGAGGCCACCCAUGGGUGGCAGUUGUGUCCCUGCUUCCAGGUUUCAAGGGUAGAGAAGUACUAAAAUUCAAUCUCACAACACCCUGUUAUCCAAUCAAGAAAUGUUAACUAGUUUUUAUAGUAAGAAAUCAAUAUGAACACGGUAAAAAGAAUUCCAACAGCAUAAAACAUCAUGAGUCAUGUACCUCCUGCCUCAGACUUUUGAGUUUCUAAGACCUCCCCCGCUGAGAAAGGCAUCACCCACUGUCAGCAGUUUCUUACAUAUCCAUCUAGAAAUAUCACACAGACACAAAAAAUUAUGUCAUAGACAUCUAUCCCCUUUACUUCAUACCCAUGGGACCAUACCAUACAUGUUUUCUGUGCUUGUUUCUACCCACCCACACACACACACACACCUUGCUUAACAGGUUAUUUGGAGAUAAUUCUAUUUUAGGAUGUAUUAAGUUUA